UAACAAGAGAAAAAUUACUUGUACCUUUUUUUUCUUCUCUGGUCACUUUUUUUUAUUUCCCUUUUUAUUUUAUUAUCUGGUCUGUCUGACUAUCUUCUUCUUCAUUCUUAUUUAUUGAUAUAUCCUCUCCUCUCUCUCCCUUCUUAAUUCUCUGUUCUCCAACUCUUGUUCUUUUGGAGAAUCCAGGGAACUCCGAUAGCUUGCAUACACUAGAUUGCUUUCUUCCCCAGAAUCUGCGACUUGGCAAAAGCAGCCCAGCAUGUCUUUCUCCGGCCGCCGCUUGAGCAUCCUGCGCCCCUCCAACCGCCGCUUCUCGGUCGGCAAGGAGUUGUCUGAGAAUGAACUUCGUUCCGAAACCCACCGUCAGUUCCGUAGCGCCCACGAAGGUCACCGUCCCCAUGCCGGUCUCGAUGCCUCCCGUGCCUCCACCGGUGUUGUCUGGUGUACCGAGCGUGCCACCGAACAUGGUUAUGCUGAGGAUCCUCACUCCUGGGCCAACCUAGGUCAGGGUGCCCCUGAAGCCGAUGAUGAGAUCGAGGGCAGUUUCCCUCGUCCGACUUCCAUCCCUAUCACCUCCGCCGCCCGUGAGUACGGUCCCACCGCCGGUAUCAAGCCUCUGCGUGCCGCCGUCGCUCGCCUCUACAAUGAGCACUACCGUCAGGGCAAGGCCAGUCAGUACACCUGGGAGAACGUCUGCAUUGUCCCCGGUGGUCGUGCGGGUCUGAUCCGUAUUGCUGCUAUUCUGGGAAACUCGUACUUGUCUUUCCCUAUCCCUGAUUACUCGGCGUACUCUGAGAUGUUGUCGCUGUUCAAGAACAUCGCUCCUAUUCCCAUUCCCCUCGCCCAAGACGACCACUACGCAAUUCACCCCGACAAGAUCGCCGAGGAGAUCGCUCGUGGAACAUCUGUGUUGCUGACCUCCAACCCUCGUAACCCUACCGGACACUUUGUCUCCAACCCGGAGCUUGCUCAGAUACAGGACAUCUGCAGAGAUCGUGCGACUCUGAUCCUGGAUGAAUUCUACGGCGGUUACAACUACACUACCGACUGUGACGGAACCACGAUCAGUGGUGCCACCAACGUCGAAGAUGUCAACAAAGAUGAUGUGCUUCUGAUUGACGGUCUGACCAAGCGUUUCCGUCUUCCGGGUUGGCGUAUCGCCUGGGUUGUUGGACCCAAGGAGUUCAUCGACGCCCUGGGCUCUGCUGGUUCCUACCUGGACGGUGGUGCCAAUGCGCCUUUCCAGGAAGCCGCCGUUCCCAUGCUCGAGCCGUCGCUGGUGCGUGCAGAGAUGAAGGCCCUCCAGGUGCACUUCCGUGAGAAGAGAGACUUCGUCGUUGGGCGUCUGCGUGAGAUCGGUUUCCGCAUCGACGAGGUGCCCCAGGCCACCUUCUACAUCUGGCUUGACCUGACCUCCCUGGACCCUCCUCUCCCCAAGGAGGCCAACCUGUCCGACGGACUGAACUUCUUCAACGCCCUCUUGACCGAGAAGGUCAUUGUGGUCCCUGGUAUCUUCUUCGACCUGAACCCCGCUCACAGAAGAGACCUGUUCGACAGCCCUUGCCACCACUUCGUCCGUCUGAGUUACGGCCCGAAGAUGGAUGUCCUGAAGAUGGGUCUGGACGGUAUCGAGCGGGUCAUCCGCCGGGCUCGGGCGCAGUUCGAGCCUCAGUGGGAGGACGAGGUGGCUGUCCAGGACGACUAGAGGUCGUGAUUCCUAGCAUUAAUACACGUAGAGCAAUAGAAGCAUAAGCGUAGGCAUAUAUACCUUUGAGAAGUCAUAUUGAUUUAUCGCAGAAA